AUGAGAGACCUUGAUCCUGUGUUGGAAGAACUCACAGGCAACAAGUUGGAGCUUGUAGGUCCCUUGGUGGAUGGCUUCCUAAAGGAGAUCGGGCUCUCUAUUAAUGCGAAGCUCGCUCGCUCUAGAAUGACCGGUCUUAUGGCGCCCAUCACUCUCUUUAUGCCAUUUCAAGUCUUUAAACAUAUCUGGGUUUUAGUACAAGGCUACGGGGGAAGCGCAGACACAACCAAGAAUGGUGAGAGAAUAACGCUAACUUUCCAAAGGCUCGACACUGCAGAAAAAAUUUGGUCUCCCGCGAGAUGUAAAGGAGAGAAUUUUCUCAAGAAGCGGCACUUCGAGAAAAUCCCCGAGGAUGGUCGCGUGCUUCAAAGUUACAGCGGCAAGUCAAUUGUUGUUGUAACACCAACAAAGGGUAGUAACCACAUUUUGCGUGCAGCGCUAUGA